AUGGUGUUACCAAGCAGUGGGCGAAAAUCAGGAACGACGCCGCAUGCACAGGUCGAGCAACAUGUAUUACAAGCGAUUUCAGCUGGAAAUGCUGCUAUUGAAGAAGGGCCAUUGUGGCAUGAUCGACUAAAUGAUCUUGAGGAAAGUGCGGAGGGUCAAGCAUUGUUUGAGGCAUACAAUUAUGACGAACCAGAGUAUGAACAGAUUCAAGACUCGAUCACAGAACGACUAAAAAUGCGAUCAAGUUCAGGCUCAUUAAUAGACAGCAAUAAACCUAGUUUUGAAGAAAACGAAUCAUCAUUAUAUUUGGGACUACCGCCAUCCCAUCAUUCAGCUCCAAUCUUGCCAGAGCAGCUCGACCAGGAAUCCUUACAAUGGGCUAAAAGACAAAGGCCUCCUCAGCAUGGUAAAAAAAGGCAAAUUCAUCUCAAAUCUGGGAACUGGAUACUUGAUUAUGCGGUGCCUUCACCAAUAGCGAACGCAGUGCUCCUUGAGUACCGUGAACAAGGACAACCAAAAGAAUUUACGCAUUUGCGGUACUCAGCAGUGACAUGUGAUCCAGAUGAAUUUAGCGCUGAAAAUGGAUGGGGUUUAAGAAUUUCAAAUGAAUACCAUCGUUCUACGGAAAUAUUGAUUGCUUUAACAUACUAUAAUGAAGACCGCAGCUUGCUCACUCGUACGCUACACAGUAUCAUGCAAAAUAUCAGAGACAUGGUCAGAAAAAAGUGGUCGCGAUACUGGCAAAAAUGUGAGGAAGAGGGACAACCAGGCUGGCAGCGUAUUGUUGUGUCGCUCAUCUUUGAUGGAAUUGAGCCUUGUGAUAAAGAAACGCUGGACAUUUUGGCCACGAUCGGAGUAUAUCAAGAUGGCAUAAUGAAACGUGAGGUGAAUGGAAAUGAGACAAUUGGCCAUAUUUUCGAGUACACAACACAAUUGUCCGUGGAUCCCACCCCCGUGCUUGUUCAGCCCAGUCCAGGUUCCGACAACAACCUUGUACCUGUACAAAUGAUCUUUUGCUUCAAGCAGAAAAACUCCAAAAAAAUCAACAGUCAUCGAUGGGUUUUUAAUGCACUAGGGCGCCUGCUUCAGCCCGAAAUUGUGGUGCUAGUUGAUGUGGGCACUAAACUAGGACAUUUGUCAUUGUAUCACUUGUGGAAAGCUUUCCACAACAAUCCACAACUUGGUGGUGCAUGCGGUGAAAUACAUGCCAUGAUAAAACAUGGUAUAAAGCUUUUCAAUCCGCUCGUGGCCUCACAGAAUUUUGAGUACAAAAUUAGCAAUAUACUUGACAAACCACUCGAGUCCAUGUUUGGAUAU